AACUACUUUGAAGGUGAUGGUGCAGAAUAAGAUCCAGGCAAAAAUGUUAUUCUUGAAAGGUGUUGAGAAUGAACAGAAUGGAAAGCUAGAUGAAGCUAUACACUUUUACCGCAGGGCUGUGCAGUUGGUACCUGACAUUGAAUUUCGUCUUUAUGAUGCAAGCAAGUUGAAGCCAAGAGAGAGACAUGAAAUAGACAACAGUGCAGAUGAUCUAGAAGUCGGUCAUGAUCAAGAAGUUGACAGUGGGUCAGAGGAUGAUGAUGAUGAUGACAGCGAUACAGAUCUUCUGUCACAUUUGCAACGACUUUUCAGCCGUUCAAUGUGUGUGUGCACACCACAUCAUGAGCAAAAGGCAACUCACAUAUCUGCACUGCCCAUGGAAAUAAUACUUUACAUUUUACGUUGGGUGGUGUCAUCAGAUUUGGACCUGAGAUCACUGGAAAUGUGUUCACAUGUUUGUCGUGGAUUCUACCUUUGCAGUCGAGAUCCUGAAAUAUGGAGACUGGCUUGUGCACGUGUCUGGGGAGUGAAUUGUGGAGGGUUAACCCCCUAUGAAUCAUGGCGAAAAAUGUUCAUUGAACGUCCCAGACUGCACUUCAAUGGCUGUUACAUCAGUAAGACAACGUAUGUGCGUAGUGGAGAAAACAAUUUCCAGGAUCAUUUCUACAGACCUUGGCACGUGGUGGAGUACUAUCGAUAUCUCAGGUUCUUUCCUGAGGGGUUGGUUCUGAUGUUGACAACCCCUGAUGACCCUUUGUCAAGCUUGGGACAACUAAGGCAUCGUAUUCCAAAAAAUCCUGCCAUGUUGUCGGGGCAUUAUUGUUUGCUUGAAGACCGUGUUGUUCUUGUCCUUCAUCGACAAGACUCAGCAGUUAAAAUGGCUGUUAACAAUCGUAAUCGUGGUAGACGAAGGGAAGGCACCCAGGACUUAGGUGAACAGACCUUUCAUAUGGAGCUGCAAAUUGUGACAUAUCGAAAUCGCAUCCAUGCUCAGCUGGUGUGGCAGCGUUAUUCAGUAUUUACCAGGUUCCGCAACGGUCAGGAAAAUACCACAACGUUUGAUCUCCCAAGAAACCGAUAUCCACCUUACUGGUUUUCACGCGUGAAAAGCUAUACCGCAGAAUCAGAAAAUCCUCUCUAGUAGGGGAAAUACCUAUGUGGUGUGUUUAUUCUGCUGACUGCUGAUUGGAUACUUCUUCGAGCAAAAAUUUUUGCUGUGCACUCACAAGUUGCUCUAUAAGCAUACAUAUGAGAAUGAACUAGUCAACUUAUAUUGAACUGGGUAACAUACCAACACAGAAUGCAGCUUAAAUUUCACUAAUGCGUGACAUACAUAUAUUGCAUUACAGGUUCUUCUGAACAGCAUGACUGGAAUAGACAGUUGGAACUUUCUCAUUUUACAUGUGUAAGAAUUGGUUGAGAGAAUAAACACUUUGAUUCAUAUUGAACUAUAGUAACAAACCAACAGACGAUGCAAUCCAAAUGUCACUAAUACUUCACAUGUGCAUUAUGUUCUGGGGUGUUGUGCCCACCAUAAUUGGAAUACAUGCAGCUUUCUGGCAUUAUAUGCAUAAUAUAUAGUUGUGGAACUGCCAUUAUACCUAACUCCAUAACUGUAAAGAGAAUUUUAUUAUUUAAUUGAUAUAUAAAACAGCCCACAAUUAGAUCCUGUCCUGUGGGUGAAUCUAGUCCAACCUUCGCCUCACCCUUUACCUAAUGGAUAGGUACAUCUGAUGAAAAUUGUGUUAAUCUAAAUGUUAUAUAGGGUCCUGUCUUUUGGGAUGCAACAUUGUGAAGUGAGGUAGAAGUUCACCUACAUUCCUCUAAAACAUCUUUGAACUUUUACCAGACUACACGGCAUCACAUCCCAGAAGACAAUACUCUUCAUAGUCACUGCUCUGAGAACCCUACAUCCAAUAUAUAUUAUUUAAAUAACACAUUUUGCUGAUUAAUUCUACAUAUUCACAGUCUGGGGCCUGGUGAUGGUGAGCAGGUAACUCAAAAGAACAGUGUCAGUAUUUAUUGAAUAUACAUUGCAUUGACUGUUUAUGUGACAGAAGUAAAUUGUUAUAUACCACAGGAUGCAAGAGUAUAAGAUUUUGUUUGGUAAGUUCUCCUUUUCUGAACAAUUCAUAGACGUACUUUGAGUUUCUCAUGUGGUAAUGUUUAUUGUUAAUGUGUUUAACCCCUUAUGUCUUACCUUAAGUGACGUUGUAUAGCAUGGGAGCUGUUGUAAAUACAUGGUGCGUUCAAGUUCUAAGGUCUCCGAUUUUCUCACAAUAAUCAUACAAAAAAUUUGAAACUUCUGUCACUUUUCAA